CUUGUACUCACCUCUCAAGUUUAACUCUCCCUCUCUCUCUAAACUUUAUCAAGUGUUUCUCUCUCUAGACUUUUGUAAGGUUCUUUAUGGACGUUUGUUUCGCGGCUUCAGACGGUCUCGCACUCUCUCUCUCUUUGUCGCAGUCUCGCACUUUCUCUCUCUUUGUCGCAGUCUUGCACUUUCUCUCUCUAAGUCGCAAACCAGGACUUAUGAAACCCCUCCGUUCACGCUAUCACCUCUCUCAUCCUCUUUCUGAAUCCCUGAAUUGUGAUUUGCGCUGAACACCUCUUCUCUCUCUAACCAGCCAUAUUUGAAAAGCGGAUAUCUCUCUUUGAAGGACCCACUUUCCAAAAAUUCCGAGGUGAUUGAACCCUAGAAUAUUCAAAGAGAGGAGAAAAUUGUUGAAGAUUCAAACCCUAAUUCCCUCUUUUGCAACUAUUCGGCCGUUUUCCCUUUGACUUUCAAGUUUCAACAACCUUCUCCACACCUAAACCGUAUAUCCCUUGGCUUUCAGUGAAAUGCUGAUCUAUCUAGGGUUUCUUCGACCCCAGAGGCUUGAUAUUGGAGGGUUUCAGGCCUUGGAUCAGCUGAAAUCACCGUAGCCAUGGGGCUAUCUGGCGGACAGAUUGCCAUCUUCUGGUUUCUAGGGUUUGGAUUCUUGUUUUGGAGCUGCCAUUGCCGCCAAACCUUUGGCUUUGACCUUCAUCAUAAGUUUUCAGAGCCUGUGAAGGAGUGGAUGAGCUUGAGACAUGGAAUUGGAUAUGAAGAAUGGCCAGAGUCAGGGAGUGAAGAUUAUUACUUGUCACUUGUUCACCAUGACCAUAAUUUGAGAGGUCGAGGGAUCUCUGAGAUUGGAGCUCCACUCACUUUUGCAGAUGGAAACACCACAUUCAAGCUCUCGUCCCUCGGAUUCUUGCAUUAUUCAUUUGUGACACUUGGGACACCAAACGUGACAUUUCUUGUGGCACUUGAUACUGGUAGUGACCUUUUCUGGGUUCCAUGCGAUUGCAGUAGAUGUGCUCCUACUUUAUCCAUGAGUUACGGAUUUGACUUUGAGCUGAACAUUUAUAAUUCCAAUGCAUCAUCCACGAGCAAGCAUGUCUCCUGUAGCAACAGCCUUUGUCAGUGGCAAAGUGAGUGUUCAAGAUCAACAGGUCAUUGCCCUUACCAGGUUUCAUAUGUUUCUGAUGAUACAUCAUCUUCUGGGGUCUUAAUCGAGGAUGUUUUGUACCUGACUACUGAUGAUAGUCAAGUUGUUAAGGCACCAAUAACAUUUGGCUGUGGGCAGGUGCAGAGUGGGUCGUUCUUGGACGCUGCCGCUCCAAAUGGUCUAUUUGGACUAGGCGUAGAGAAGUUAUCGGUCCCUAGCAUUUUAUCCGGACUGGGUCUUAUACAUGAUUCAUUUUCGAUGUGCUUUGGACAAGAUGGUAUUGGGAGGAUCCGUUUUGGAGACAAUGGCAGUUCAGAUCAAGAAGAAACCCCAUUCAAUCUAGAUCAAUCAUACCCAACAUACAAUAUCAGCAUAACUGACAUACAAGUGGGAUCGAGUUCCAUAAAGACAGGAUUUAGUGCUCUUUUUGACUCUGGCACCUCCUUCACUUAUUUAGCGGAUCCAAUUUAUACGCGCCUUGCUAAGAGUUUUGAUAUACAGGUGCCAGAUAAACGACAUCAGCCUGAUUCAAGGCUUCCUUUCGAAUAUUGUUACAAUGCCAGUUCCAAUGUGAAUUCUAACAUUCCAGAUGUGAGUUUGCUGAUGCAAGGCGGGAGCCGGUUUCCUAUUUAUGACCCAAUUAUUUCAUUCUCCACUCAGGGUCACAUUGUUUAUUGCCUGGCGGUUGUGAAGGGCGAAGGCAUGAAUAUUAUUGGGCAGAACUUUAUGACGGGCCUCCGUAUAGUUUUUGACCGGGAGAAACUCGUCUUGGGUUGGAAAAAAUUCAAUUGUUACGAUGUUGAGAAUACCAGCACUCUUGACAUCAAACCGCCAUACACAGUACCUCCAUCAAGUUCUGUUGCGCCAGACAAUUAUGCACCAGAAGACACAAAAACGAUGGGAAAUACAACACAAGUUUCUAUACCACCACCACCACCUCUCUCUGAUGCAGCAAGACUCUUCGUCUUUGGUUUCACACGUGCGCUAUCCCCACUUUUCCUUUUGUUUGUGGCCCUCUUUUGACACAUACACACACCCUCUCUCUCUCUGUGAUGGCUCAUGUAUUAUUGUGGGCUUCACCUCGUUUUGGUCUCUCAGAGUUCUGUUGUGCUACACCAUGUGAAACGGCGUUCUAUGUAAAUAUGGUUUUAUGAUGAGGGCUGACAUGGUGGUGCUCAGAAGUAUUUAUGCUCAUGUUCUAUUAGUGAUGAUUGUUCUAUUAUUCAUGUUCGUGCCA